GCGGAACCCUGCUGAGCCCCUGCGCUGAACGACAGCCAAUCGCUUCGUUCUCCUAACUGCCAGUCACCGAAAUCCGUCCAAUACCCGCAGUGCCAUUUCUAAACUGUAUUCCCCACUGUGUCCUCCAACUGUUGUAUGUUCUGCCAAUCGCUUGAGGACAGAGUGGGAAAAGGAGCAAGCAGAGUUAGAAGCCGGACAAAAGAACUUAUAGACCCCUUAUAUACAUAUUUUCCUAAUGUUUUAGAGAGCGUGGUGUGGUGAAAAACAAUUGCGGUGAGUGCGGAUGGACUUGUCAGUGUAGUUAUGGAACCCCCUUUAAGCAAGAGGAAUCCGGCGAUAAGAUUAGCGGAUUUGGCAGCGACUCAACCCCUUCCUCAUCAGAAUAUGACAGGCUUCCCGGGGCUAGGGGGGCAUCACCCUCUCUCCCACCAUGCCCACCUCCACCCUGGGGAGCUGGGCAACGACCCCGGAGUGGCACUCACUCCAUUUGGACCAGAGCACAUGGCACAGACAAAUGCUCUCAAACUUAGCCCAUCUCAGCACAUUCAGAGCCAUCCCGAAGCCCAGACCGCGGCAUCUUUCACUUCUGCUCAGACCACAGUUGGUUUCCCCGUGGCUCACCCCCACUCAGGCUACUCAAGCAGCAGGGACUUCAUCCUCAGGAGAGAACUCUCAGCCUCUGCUAUGCAUGCUCUUGGCGACCAGCAUAGUUCCGCCUCCUCCCCUCAUCACCAUGGCAUGUUCAUUUCCCCAACAGGUGCUUAUGGGCACACGGAAAGUGGGGCCCAUUCACUUUUCACUGGACUUCACGACCAGGCGUCCCCAGGUGCCCACCACCAUGCCCUCAAUGGGCAAAUGCGCCUGGGUAUACCGGGGGACAUCUACGGCAGGCCAGAGCACUUCGGGCACAGGCCAGACCACUAUGGACCCUCUUCUCUCCACAGCUACAACUCCAUGAACCUCAAUGUGAACAUCGCUUCUGCUCCGCACGGAGCGGCGGGGGCGUUUUUAAGAUACAUGCGGCAGCCCAUAAAGCAAGAGCUAAUCUGCAAAUGGAUUGACCAGGAGCAAAAUCAAAAAAAGCCCUGCUCUAAAACUUACAGCACCAUGCACGAACUGGUCAACCACGUCACGGUGGAGCAUGUCGGGGGACCGGAGCAGAGCAGCCACGUCUGUUUUUGGGAGGAAUGUCCACGGGAAGGAAAGGCUUUCAAAGCGAAGUACAAACUGAUAAAUCACAUCCGAGUUCAUACGGGAGAAAAGCCCUUCCCGUGUCCUUUCCCGGGUUGUGGAAAAGUGUUCGCUCGAUCGGAGAAUUUAAAGAUUCACAAGAGGACUCACACAGGAGAGAAACCUUUCAAGUGCGAGUUUGACGGCUGUGACAGAAAAUUCGCCAACAGCAGCGACCGGAAGAAGCACUCUCACGUCCACACCAGUGACAAGCCUUACUACUGCAAAGUCCGUGGCUGUGACAAAUCGUACACACACCCGAGCUCGCUGCGGAAGCACAUGAAAGUGCACUGCAAGUCCCCGCCGCCCUCUUCCACCAACGUCCCCUACAUUUCCUCCACAAACCCUCUUGGAGACCCUCUUUCGCCCAACUCCGAGCCGCACAGGAACCGCUCUGCGAACCUCUCCCCUCAGGUCACCAACCUCAACGAGUGGUAUGUGUGUCAGGGGAGCGGAGGACCCAACCACCUCCACACCCCCUCCAGCGAUGUGCCAACGUCAGAUUCAGACGAUGAGGACUCUUUCAGAAAUUCAGACCCAAGGACAAUGCUCUGAUCCUCUUUACAACCACGUGACUGUCACACUUGUCACCUAGAUGACCGUUAAGUGUAGAUCCAUGCUGGUCCCCGCUUUUUGAUCAGUUAUUUUCACUGUAGUAUCAUUAAACGACUGUGCUACACGCAGAUUAUUCACUGUUCCCGUGGAUGCAAUUACAUGAGGAAGAAUUUCUCUGAGGUGACCCCUGACCUUUCUUAAAAUGUGGAUCAAAAUUGUCAUUUAACACUGACAUUAGAACUGAAAUUAAAAAUCCUUGUUUCUUACUUGAAAAGGACCAAAAUCGAGACUUGCUAUUUCUGAAUAGAUAAAAGAUUUUCAGAAUGAAUGAUGAUUUUUUUUACAGGAGCAAUAUGCAGGGUUUAAUUAACUGCAUGACUUAAGACUCAACUGGUGUGCUGAAAUGACAUCUUUCAUGUGACCUCUCAUCAUCCCCUUGCAGUUUAAUAACUUGCCUGCUAUCAAUCACUGUCAUAUUCCAGACAUUUAAGGAAAACAAAUGGUACUGCUUGUAACCCCACAAAUGGCAACAAAUGUUAAUGGGCAGAAUCUAGAAGAUGAGGCUUUUUUCAAAUGUCAUGUGAUUUCUUUAAGAUGUGGUACACACUUUGAUAAACCAAUAAGGAAAAAAAAAUGAGGAGGCAAACAUCUGAGUGUCUUAAGGGUUCUCAUUUACCUUUUCAGAUUUAUACAAUACAUGUGUUUGGAUGGAAUUUUGUAAUAUUUAAGAACUAUUUAAGACUAUAUUUUAUGCAAAAUACACAAGUGUUAUGCUCGUUAAAGAGUACGAGUAAGUCCCUUGAGACCCUAAAUGUCUACACUGACAAGGCUUUGACCCUGUAGGAUUUGUAUAUAUGUAACUGUACUGAUGCUUGUGAAUGUUGUGUAGUUUUAAUUACAAAAAAAAAUGUUUUUUUGUACAUUGUAAUUUAUUUGCUGGUAUCAAUGUUGUACUGGAAUUACAGGAACACCAAAGAAAAAUAAUAUCAGUUUUGGUGAUGCAUAGUACCCUGCUGAUGUUUCUUUUUUCAAUUUUAUGUAAUUUUCUUGUUCGCUUUUUUAUUUUUAAUUGUGGUCUGUUAAGGAACAAAACAUUUACUUGAAUAGGCUGUGUAAUGUGAAAAGUCCCUUUCUCGCAUGCCUUUUGUAGUGAUCUGUCUUUCUCUUUGAGGUGCAUGGUGCCAUUGGACAUGAUGGAUAAAAAAAAAGAUGAAUCAGC